UCCUCUCCUCUCCUUUCCUCUUCUUCCCUCUCCUCUCCUCUCCCUUCUCCUUCCUCCCCUCUUUCUCCCUCUUCCCACCCCCAUCUCACUCUCCCUUUCUCUCUUUGUGUCUGCCUCUCUCUUUUCCCUCUCUUCUCUCUCUCCCUUUCCCCCUUCCCCUGCCCUUCCCUCUCUUUCCCUCUCCUCCCUCCUCAUCACCUCUCCCCUCUGUCGCCCUCUCCCAUCUUCUCCCCCCCACCCCGCCUCCCGUCCCUCUCUCUUCUCUCCUCUCUCCCCCCCUCUCCUCCCUUCCCCCUCCCCUCUGUCUCCUCUCUCUCUCCCUCUCCCAUCUUCUCUCCCCCCGCCUCCCGUCCCUCUCCCUCUCUCCCUCUCUUCCUCCUCCAGCCGGUAAAUCCGAUCCAGGCGGAUUCCUCUCACGUCAAACCACAUGAUCCCAUAAAACAUUCAUCCCCUCUCCAGCCCGGCUAGAGCCCGCAUCCAUCGGCGCGCGUCCCGCCCGCCCGCCUGCCGCGCCCGGCCCCCAGCCCCGCUCACCUGGACACUCGAGCCACCCACCGAGAGGCGGCCAGGAAGUCUGCCCGGCACAGGGACCGAGGGACCCCCCCCACCCCUGCAUCUCCCCGGAGAGCAGGAACGGAGCUUCGGCCGCGGCUCGGCCAGGGCUGAGGGUCAUCGCGCCCCCGCUCCACCCCUCCAUCCCUCGGUGCCUCCAUCCCUUCUUCCCUCGCUGCAUCCCUCUCGGCAUCCCUCCUCCGUCCCCUCGAUCCCUCUGAGCCUCCUUCCUUCCCUCCCGCCGCGGGAGCCGCCGCCGGAGCCGGAGCCUGGAUGCGGACCCCGGCCCCGGGGCGGCUGCGCCUCCUUCGCCCGCCCAGUGGCCCCCUCGGGGCCCCACGUGCCCGGCACCGGGCCCCCGCAGCGGCGGGCCGGACGGACCUUCUGCCCCCAGUCGCGCUGCCGCCGCCCCGGCCCUAAGAUGAAGAGGGCGUUCGCCGGAGGAAGCAAACUGCUGAUCUGGGUCCUCUGCCUGAACAUCCGGUCCCGCGCCGAUCCGUGCCCCGGGGCCUGCGUGUGCUACAGCGAGCCCAAGAUCACCACCAGCUGCCAGCAGCAGGGCCUCACGGCCAUCCCGGCCGCCAUCCCCGCCCAGAGCCAGCGCAUCUUCCUGCACAACAACCGCAUCGGGCAGGUGAGGGCCAGCAGCUUCCGCUCGUGCCGCAACAUGACCAUCCUGUGGCUGCACUCCAACGCCAUCAGCGUCAUCGAGGCGGCCGCCUUCGCGGGCCUGGACAAGCUGGAGGAGCUGGACGUCAGCGACAACGUGCAGCUGCGCACCAUCGACCCGGCCACCUUCCGCGGCCUGCGGCGCCUGCACACGCUGCACCUGGACCGCUGCGGCCUGCUGGAGCUGGCGCCCGGCCUCUUCCGCGGCCUGAGCUCCCUGCAGUACCUCUACCUGCAGGACAACAGCCUGCGCGCCCUCCCCGACGAGGCCUUCGUCGACCUGGCCAACCUCACCUACCUGUUCCUGCACGGCAACGGCAUCCGCGAGCUGGCCGAGAACGUGUUCCGCGGCCUGCUCAGUCUGGACCGCCUCCUCCUGCACCAGAACCAGGUGGGCCGCGUGCACCCGCGGGCCUUCCACGACCUGGGCAGGGUCAUGACGCUCUACCUGUUCAACAACAACCUGACGGUGCUGGCCGGAGAGACGAUGCGCCCGCUGGCGUCGCUGCAGUACCUGCGCCUCAACGGCAACCCCUGGAUCUGCGACUGCCGCGCCCAGUCCCUGUGGGGCUGGUUCAGGCAGUUCAAGGGCUCCUCCUCCGACCUCGAGUGCCACCUGCCUCCGCGCCUGGCCGGGAGGGACCUCAAGCGGCUCCACGCCGCCGACCUGGAGGGCUGCGCCGACCCCGUGGGCCAGGUGUGGCCGGGGCCGAAGGCCCGACCCGGCCGGGGGCCCACCGCGGAGCCCCCGGACGGCCCUCUGAAGUGCUGCCAGCCCGAGGCGGACAAGUCUUUCAUGUACGAGGCCACGGGCCACGGCGGACCCCAGUACGGCGGCCUCCCCGCCGGCAACGGCCGCAAGGACAAGGAAAACAUGUCCAAACCCAAGUCGGCAGAGUCGGACGCUGCCAAAAACGCCAGCCAGAAGCACAUCAACGACUCGCCCUUCGGGACUUUCCCCAGCAACGUGGAGAUCCCUCUGACCAACUUCCAGCCGGAUCUCCUGGAGCCGGGGGAGUCUUCCGUGGCACCCCCUCGGCGGAGGCCUGGCUGCUCCCGAAAGAACCGGACCAAGGCCCAGUGCCGCACGGGCCCCACGGGCGGCGGCAGUGGUGGCGGCAGUGGCAGCAGCGGCGGCCUCCGUGCCCCCGCGCAGCCCGGCCUGGCCCUCGGCUUGGCUGUCUCAGUGGCUCUGCUCUGGACUUUGCCGUGGUCCCCUUAAUGGCUCCCGAGGAAGACUAGCACCUGCCACUGUGGCUGGGGCCACCCUGGAGGCUGGGGCCACAGGGGAACUGGAGGCCUUUACGGAGAAACCAGGUGUGGAUAAAGCGCAUCUCCAGCCCCCCAGCAGGGGAAUGAAGGGAGAGUGACGCCUGCGUCCCGCAGAGGGGGCGUUCUCGAGCAGGGAGGUCGGCCACACCUGGGCCUUCUGAGUCAGUACCCCGGAGCUGCCCUGGCCCGAGGAAAAGGUCUCCCCCAGAAUGUUUCAGCACACGUGCACUCACACACUCACACGCACACACAACUUUUCAGACAAAACAAAACAAAACAAAAUCUCCCCAAGGUUGUUUCUAAGUUGGAAUCCUCCCGAACGGUGUCGCAAGUUCCCAUUUGCCAAGGCGGCGUGCUCGCCGCUCUCCGGAAGCCUGUCUCUGAAUAUUGCUGUCCACCAUCCCCAUCUCCAUCCUGCCAUGUUUACAGGGGGCAUCGGUUCCAGAAUGCUGCUUCCUACUCAGACUGCAGUCUAUAUACAAAUAUACAUUUUAUUUUCCUUGUGUCAAAGUAUAAAAAAUAUAAAAUAAAGAUUUCCUUUUCCUA